AUGCAAUAUUCAGUCUACUCAUCGGUUGUCUUUUUAGCUGUUCUUGUUGCUGGCGCUGAAAUGUGCGCAGAUGUCAAUGCCAACUGUCCGAGCUGGGUUGCCAAUGGAUUCUGCACAUCAAACUUCUACACCUCCUCCCAGAAAACCCAGUACUGUCCCGCAUCUUGCGGUCUUUGUUCUGGAGUCAGCAGCACUGUCGCUUCUUCUACCUCGGCUUCUGGAGUAUGUAUCGACACUUCUGCCGGUUGUGCUACCUGGGAAUCCAAUGGAUUCUGUUCUUCCACGUUCUACACCACUCAACAAAAGAAACAAUUUUGCGCUGUGACUUGCAAUUUGUGUGAAUCUGACACCGUGACUACACAGGCAACUAUUACUACCACUACCGCAUAA